AUGUCGAACGGAGGAUCUUCAACGGAUCAACAGACGGAGUUGAUGCAGAAGAUGCUUGAAGAGUUUCUACACCAGUUUAACGUACUUCGUCAGGCAAACGAAGCAAGCGUGGCUCAGAUCACCUUGCUUCAACAGCAGAAUAACACUUUGGAAAUGGCAAUGGCUCAGUUGGCACCACCGCCACCAGUGGGUGACAUAGCAGCACCUCCUAAUCAGAAUAUUCCUUCGAUUACCGGACUUCCGCCUGAUAGGGCUCCACCUAAUGGGGCACGACCCAAUGAGGCUCAGCUGAAUGAGGUUCAGCAACAACGGAGGGCAAGAUCCGAGGCUGCGGCUUCAGAUAACGGGUAUUACAGUGCAGGUGUUCAGGAUGCCUUUAAUGAGAAAAGACUCCUGAAGAUUCAGACACUUGCUGAGAUGGCUAGAGAACACAAAAAUUCCUUGGUAAAAACUCCUUUCACUAAUGAUGUGUAUCUGGUUGAGAGGCCCAAGAAAUUUACCAUGCCGUCUUUCACCCAGUUUGAUGGAACGGGGGAUCCUUCUCGGCACCUAGAUCAGUACGCUAAAAAAAUGGCUUUGGAUGAUCGUAAUGACCCUUGGAUGUGCAGGGUUUUUCCUACCAGUUUGACAGGAGCAGAACUAGAGUGGUUUAGGAAUAGACCGCAUAAGUCCAUCCCGGAUUACGUAACUCUGUGCACCAUGUUCCUAGCACAGUAUUGCGGAAAUAAGAAGCAAAAGAAGAGCAUUGCCAGCCUCUUCACCGUAAGGCAAAAGAGGGGGGAAACAUUGCAGGAUUUCCUAUCAAGAUUCAACAUGGAAGCCUAA